AGAGCUCACUCUGCCUCUGUUCCUUGUUUUCUCCUUCUGUUUGGACUGAUCCAGAUUUUGGCCUGCCUCUCUCAGGCCAAACCCAGACCACAGCCAACCCAAGAGACUGAGAGUGCAACAUGCAGAAAUUUAUCUUCUUGUUUGCUGUAGGAGCCUGGGCUGUUACUCAAGGAACUGCAGAGGAAGAUUAUGUGGAAAUUUGGCCACCAAAUCCUGUGGUGAAAUUUGGAGGCUCUCUAGACCUGAAUUGCACAAGCACUUGUGAAAAUAUCGGUAUUGAGUCUGCCUAUACAAAGGUUCCCAUAGAAAAUGGAUCCAACUGGAAAGCAUUUCGCCUCAGCAAUGUGGACUAUUGGGCAGCCAGCCCUAUGUGCUAUGCUGACUGUAAGACUGGACAGAAGAAAUCUCCAAAGGCAAACAUCAUUGUUUACAAAACUCCAGACCAUGUCAAAUUGGACACAGUUCCAAAGAUGGAGGUGGGCAAGCAGUAUAACUUGACAUGCCGGGUUUCUGGUGUAGCCCCAAUCUGGAAUCUCUCUGUGACCUUGUUAAAAGGGGAAGAGCAACUUCUGGUAAAGACCUUUGAGGAUUAUUCUGACCCUAAAACUAAUGAUGUUGUGGUGAACCAUCUCAUAACAGCUCUGCAACAUGACCACCACAAGACAGUUACCUGCCAAACAUCUCUAGAUCUGAAUCCAACUGGACCACUCUUGAAAAACACCUCCCACAACAUAACAUUAGAAAGUUUUGAUUUUGCAGAUAUUCCCCUGCUCCACGCUGGCCUGUUCUUAGAAGCUGGGACCUUGAUGAAAGUGACGUGUGAUGCACCUGAGGCUUCCCCAGCCAAUGAGGCCGUGUUUGAUCUGCGGUUUGCAGGGAAGUCCCUGACCUUCAACACCACUGUGAUGGGAGGCUUGGCAAGUGCCCAGGCUGUGAUAGCCUCUUCCUCAGUUGGAGAUCAUGAGUUGAUUUGCACGGUCUCUCUGGGGCCAGUGACCAAAAACGUGACAAAGAUGGUGAAUGUGUUUGCUUUACCAAAGCUCACCUUGCAGAUUGGCAGUUCAGAAGCUGUCGUCAAUCAAACAGUGAACAUUACAUGUAGCGCCGAUGGCAGUGCUUCCCCUGGUUUUAAAAUGCAGAUCAUGGACGCUGCCAAAACCUUAGCAUCCGGCAACAUAAAUGAACAUUUCCUACAGCAUGCAAUGAUCGCUCAGCAAGAGGAUAACGAGAGGGAAUUCAUCUGCCAAGUCAUCCUGAUCAUUGAUGGACAAGCCAAGGAAAAAAACAUAUCUCAAAAUCUCACCGUUUUCUAUGCUCCCAAAAUGGAUGAUUCCAGCUGCCCCCAGACACGGACUUGGAAGGAGGGAAGUACGACAACACUUACCUGCACAGCCUUGGGAAACCCCACACCGACUGUUCAGUGCUGGAAAGAUGGGAGACUUUAUGACAUCGGGGAACCACAGCGAGUCCAGACAGAGCAUGGUGGCAUUUAUCACUGCAAUGCUACCAACCAAUAUGGCUUUGAUGUUAGAGAUGUGACUAUACAUGUUGAGUCUUACCAGCCAAACAUCAUUGUAAUCAUCUGUGUAAUCAUGGGAAUAGCUGUAGUUGUUGUGGGUUUUAUCUGCUUGAAAUGGAAGAUUCACAACAAUAAGAAAGUAAGAAAAUACCAUUUCUUGAAACGGCACCAGUUACGAGCAGCAAGAAAGUCAGAGUUACUACAAUUGUCUGAAUUGCACAACCAAUAACUAAAUGAAUGCUGGUUGUUAUAAACUGUAGAGAAAUGACAACCAUGCCAGCAGGAGUGUAGCUACAGCAGUGAUCACCAGUAAUGGGUUCAAAUUUUUUUAUUACUGGUUCUGUGGGUGUGACUUGGUGGGUGUGGCAGAGGAAGGACACUGUAAAACCUCCAGUCAGAGGUGGCAUUUGCUCGUUCUCCAAACUCAAAAUUUCCACUACCGGUUCUCCAGAACUGGUCAGAACCUGCUGUAUAUCACUCUGGGGAUCACCAUUUGAUUUAACAUUGAGGAAAAAACCACAGAAAAGUGUUCCUCAGCUCCCAAUGCCUGCUGGAGAGAUCUUUGUUUUGACUUUGGCUUUGGGACUUUCAUAUAGUGACUGGUGUCAUGCGUUACAAGGGCAUUGCAUUCCUGUGUUUUCUUAAGAUCUCCCCCUACCAAGAUGUCUUCCAACCUCACUAUUCCGGGCUAUGGCCUAUAUUCAGCCGUUCAGUGGAAAAGAGAACCAGGAAACAAGGAAGAAACACCAGCAGCAGCCUAAACAGUUCCCAUAGCAAUAGAUCAGAGGUCCCCAAACUUGGCAACUUUAAGACUUGUGGACUUCAACUCCCAGAAUUCCUCAGCCAGCUAUGCUAUUAAAGU